CAUAUGGUAUACGUGUGUGGCCUGUGUGUACACGGGUGAACCUGUCACUUGUAAUUUUUCCAUGUAAUAUUCACGAUCGCAACAAUCUCGACGAUCACCAGUAUGCAAUGAAAAAAAUAGACAUUGGAGCGUCCACGACAAUCAAAUCGCAUCCGGCGCAUUCGUAACCCAGGGUGGGGUCUCGUAUCGCUUAACCCCAAUGAAGAAGCCUAUUAAAGAGAAUAUGAGAGGGAUGUGAAUGAGAGAGUCAAAUCCUUGGAAAAUAUUGUGAGUAAUAAUCAAGUGACGAGUAUGGCACGUCCGAUACUUCCGAGUCAACAAAAGUUGGCUGAAAAGCUGAUAAUUCUCAAUGAUCGUGGAAUUGGAAUGCUCACCCGUAUCUAUAACAUUAAAAAAGCCUGUGGUGAUGCUAAAUCAAAGCCAGCAUUUUUAUCCGAUAAAACACUCGAGUCAUCAAUAAAAACAAUUGUUCGAAAAUUUCCAAAUAUCGAUGUAAAAGGACUCCAGACGAUAACAAAUCUGAGAAAUGAGAUUAUCAAAUCCCUAUCGCUGUAUUAUUACACAUUCGUCGAUCUCCUGGAUUUCAAGGACAAUGUGUGUGAAUUAUUAACGACAAUGGAUGCAUGUGGUGUGCACAUGGAUAUAACAAUAAAUUUUGAUCUGACAAAAGCGUAUCUGGACCUCGUGAUCACAUACGUGAGCCUCAUGAUACUUUUGUCAAAAGUUGAGGAUAGGAAAGCUGUGCUAGGGCUUUUUAAUGCUGCCCAUGAGUUGGUGCACAGCCAGUCGGACCACAGUUUCCCUCGACUCGGUCAAAUGAUCAUGGAUUAUGAUUUGCCACUGAAAAAACUCUCGGAGGAAUUCGUUCCACAUUCCAAAUUAUUGAGAAAUGCACUGACAUCUCUAUGGAAUGUUUAUCCAGGGAGAAAUCUCUCAGCGGAUACGUGGCGUGCAGACCAGAAAUUGAGUCUGGUUGGCAGUCCUGGACAGAUACUCAAGGCAGCAGCAACAGACACUAUGUCCUGUGAAACCCUGAGUUUAGAUAGAAUUGAGAGAUGGGUGAUUUUAGGAUUUGCUCUUUGUCACUCGUUCCUAGCGCAAGAACAGCCGAAUAAACUCUGGACAACAGCGUUGGAGUCUGGCUGGGUACUAGCUUUAUUUCGAGAUGAAGUGAUUUAUAUUCAUCAGUAUAUCCAAUCAUUUUUCGAGGGGAUAAAAGGAUACGGCAAGAGAGUAUCCGAAGUGAAAGAAUGUUAUACUCAAGCGAUACAGAAGGCUGGGUACAGACACAGAGAACGACGAAAAUUCCUGAGAACAGCGUUAAAAGAAUUGGGACUCAUCCUGACGGAUCAGCCGGGGCUGCUCGGGCCAAAGGCCCUCCUGGUAUUCAUGGGUUUGUCCCACUCUCGAGACGAAGUUCUCUGGCUUCUCAGACACGGAGAUAAUCCACCAACCCAAGGCAAGAGUAAAGGACGAGGGAGCGAAGAUCUGGUUGAUCGUCAACUUCCAGAAUUGCUGUUCCAUUGCGAGGAAUUGCGAGCCCUCGUUAGAAAAUACUCUCAAGUACUCCAACGGUACUAUGUCCAAUUUCUCUCUGGUUUCGAUGCUCCAGCCCUCCACCAGAUGAUUCAGAAUCUGCCGGUCUGUCCUGAGGACGAGGGCGCCAUUCUCAGUGAUCUCUGUUCGACAAUAGCCAGUGUUACAGUUAAGCAGGUCGAGGAGAAUGAAUUAUUCGAUUUCAGACCAUUGAGACUAGAUUGGGUGAGACUUCAAGCCUACAUGUCCAUCUCGAAAUGCAAUAUGAAUCUCAUGGAUAAUCGUGAGCUCGCCUGCUUCAUGGAUACUGUAGUUUUUCACACAAAAAUGGUGGAUAAUCUUGAUGAAAUGCUUGUUGAAACAUCAGACCUCUCGAUCUUCUGUUUUUAUAGUAAAAUAUUUGAGGAUCAAUUUCACAUGUGUCUGGAAUUUCCAGCCCAGAAUCGCUACAUCGUGGCUUUUCCACUGAUAUGCAGUCACUUCCAGAGCUGCACACACGAACUUUGUCCAGAAGAACGGCAUCACAUACGCGAGCGGAGUCUCUCCGUUGUUAACAUGUUUCUCGAUGAAAUGGCUAAGGAGGCGAAAAAUAUUAUUACGACAAUUUGCGACGAACAGUGCAAUAUGAGCGACAAGUUACUUGCCAAACACUGUGCUCAAUUAAUCUCACAGGUUGUUAAUCGUAAGAAGAAGGACAAGAAUAAGAAGAAUAUUUAUGAAAUACACAAACCUGGUAUUGAGAGCUAUAGAAAGACACGCGAAGAGCUCACAACAAUGGAUAAACUUCACAUGGCCUUGACUGAGCUCUGCUAUGCUAUUAAUUACUGUCCCACUAUCAAUGUGUGGGAGUAUACGUUUGCACCUCGUGAAUAUCUCAAUCAGCACUUGGAGACGAGAUUUGCCAGGGCCUUGGUGGGGAUGGUAAUGUUUAAUCCGGAGGCAAAUGAAAUAGCCAAGCCGUCCGAGUUGUUUGUAAGUGUGAGGGCAUAUAUGAAUGUCCUCCAGACGGUUGAGAAUUAUGUGCACAUCGAUAUAACACGAGUGUUCAAUAACGCAUUGCUCCAGCAAACUCAAGCGUUGGACAGUCAUGGAGAUAAGACAAUUGCUGCUCUCUAUACCCAGUGGUAUUCUGAAGUUUUGCUGAGGAGAGUAAGCGCUGGUAAUAUAUGCUAUUCACCAAAUCAACGAGCUUUUGUUAGUCUCUCGGUUGAGGGGGCUAUUCCAUUCAAUGCUGAGGAAUUUUCCGAUAUAAAUGAGCUCCGAGCUCUCGCUGAAUUGAUUGGACCUUAUGGUAUGAAGAUGCUCAAUGAGACACUCAUGUGGCAUAUCGCCAGUCAAGUGCAGGAGCUCAAGAAACUUGUCGCUGGGAAUAAGGAGGUUUUAGUUGCACUUAGGACAAAUUUUGAUAAGCCCGAAGUUAUGAAAGAGCAGUUCAAGAGGCUCCAGCAGGUCGACAACGUACUCCAGAGGGUUACCAUCAUCGGAGUUAUACUGAGCUUCAGACAAUUGUCGCAAUCAGCACUUGUUGAUGUACUUGAGGAGAGAAUUCCAUUUCUUUUGAGCUCGAUUCUCGAUUUCAGACAUCAUUUACCCUCCGGCGAUCCCAUGCGAGUUGUUUCUGAGAUGACUUCUGCCGCUGGAUUAACUUGCAAAGUUGAUCCUACCUUGACAGCUGCUUUGAGGAGCCAAAAGGCCGAUGUCGACGAGGACGAGCAUCUACUUGUUUGUCUGCUCAUGGUGUUCGUUGCUGUUUCUAUUCCAAAGUUAGCGCGCAAUGAGAAUUCAUUCUAUCGAGCUUCCCUCGAGGGACACUCGAAUAAUAUUCAUUGCAUGGCUACAGCGAUCAAUAAUAUGUUUGGAGCAUUAUUCACAAUUUGCGGGCAAAACGAUAUUGAGGACAGAAUGAAGGAAUUUUUGGCUCUUGCGUCGUCGAGUUUACUUAGACUUGGCCAGGAAACUGACAAGGAGGCGACGAGGAAUCGUGAAUCGAGUUACCUGUUGCUAGACCAAAUUGUCCAGGAGUCACCCUUUUUGACGAUGGAUUUAUUGGAAAGUUGUUUUCCAUAUGCACUCAUACGUAAUGCCUAUCAUGACGUUUAUAAACUCGAGAAUGCACAAGCGUAAUUUAUUAUUAAUUAUUUACUAUUUUUAUUCGGGUAACCGUCCCUUAAUCAACUCUUUGCAAUUAUACAAAGACUUCCUCUUCUUUAAUCGGUGGUAAAUUGAGUAUUGAGAGCGUUAUUUUUGUUUUCUCAAGAACACGUAGACUUUUUUUCAUCUUUUUUCUUUUUAAUAUCAAUAUUUAAUCACGCGUAUAUUGUAAUAAUAGAGUCACCAUAGCAUAAUAUUAUUUUAUAUUGCAGUAUUUUUUUUUUUCUCAAUAAUUUUUCAUUUAAUUUGAUAAACAUACUCGACGAAUUGUUAAUUCAUUCAUUGAAAUCAUAGGAACUCAUGUCAUUAAAUUAGGAGAAGAUCAACGAUAUCGUGAUGUAUCAACAAUGUAGUCAGCAUUUUUAAUGUAAAUUAAAACUAUUUUACAAUAGUUUAUAAAAUAAUAAUAAAGGCGUAUUGGUGCCAAA